UCGGAGACGUAACCUUAAAUAAUGUUUUUGUUUUGUUAAUUAAAAUGCAAAAGAAACCACUUAAAUUCGAAAUAAAAUUGCCACUGGAAUAAAUGAAAGUCCUAAAAACCGUGUAAUGUCGAAUAAAAAACUCCAAAAACAGUUUCAAAGCAAUCAGCUGUUUUCUUCUGUCAACUUUGACAACGUCGGAUACAUAACAACCUAAAAUGACAUUGAUGUUGUGACACAUAACCUUAAAUUUAGUUUUAUUUUAUUCAUUAAAAUGCAAACAAAAGCACUUAAAUUUAAAAUAUAAUUGCAAGUUUAGUAAGUGGAGUCUUAAAGGCCGUAUUUCCAUUAAAAAACUCCAAAAUAAUUAAGAAAUAAAACAGUGUUCAUUACUAAGCAAUCAGUGGUUUGCGUAACUUUGGCAACGUCGAACACAUAACCUUAAAUAACAUUUCUGACAUGUCACAUAACCUUUAAUAUUGUUUGGAUGGGGCUGUUUAUUUUUGAAAAAGUAAACAAAACAGUCUUAGCUUUUUCAACAAAUAGCAUUGCAAAAAAAUGUCGGUGACACUACAUACGGACGUCGGUAAAAUAAAAAUAGAACUCUUUUGCGAGAGUUGCCCGAAAGCAUGCGAAAACUUCCUUGCCCUAUGUGCCAGCGACUACUACAACGGAUGUCUUUUCCAUAGGAACAUUAAAGGAUUUAUAGUGCAAACUGGAGACCCCACUGGAACCGGCAAGGGAGGCUCAUCAAUAUGGGGUAAAAAGUUUGAAGACGAGUUCAAAGAACAGCUUAAGCACCACACUAGAGGCAUGUUAUCAAUGGCAAACAAUGGACCGAACACCAAUGGAAGUCAAUUUUUCAUAACGUACGCCGCACAACCUCAUUUAGAUCUUAAAUACACAAUAUUUGGAAGAGUUAUUGAUGGCUUUGGGGCUUUAGAUGAGUUGGAAAAACUGCCAGUCAAUCCAAAAAAUUUUAAACCAAUUAAGGAGACAAGGAUAAAUAGUGUUACGAUACACGCCAACCCUUUGGCAGGUUGAUUUAUCAGACUUUGUUUUAGUUGACUAGUUAAUAUUUGUACAAAUUUUCAUGUAAGUUACAACAUUUUAUAUCUUAAGCUUUUACUUAUUAAUCAGUAAUAAUUAAUAAAGUAUCACAAGCA